AUGCUUCAUCAAACCUCCAUCACCGUUCUCAACCGCUUCUUCCAUCACCAACCACACUCCCUCUUCACAAAACCAAUCUCCCGAUUCCCUUUCUCACUCCCCAUCAUUCUAUCCAUGUCAACUUCUCACUCCUCCUCCAACCAACACAAGUUCACCAAUCGACUUGCUUCCGAACAAAGCCCUUAUCUUCUUCAACACGCUCAUAACCCUGUUGAUUGGUAUCCAUGGGGAGAACAUGCUUUCGCCGAGGCUCGCCGUCGAGAUGCACCUAUCUUCUUGUCAAUUGGGUACAGCACUUGUCAUUGGUGUCAUGUUAUGGAGGUUGAGUCUUUUGAGGAUGAGGGGAUUGCGAAAUUGUUGAAUGAUGGGUUUGUUAGCAUUAAGGUGGAUCGUGAGGAGCGGCCGGAUGUUGAUAAGGUAUACAUGACGUAUGUGCAGGCUUUGUAUGGCGGAGGAGGUUGGCCUCUAACUGUGUUUCUUUCACCUGACUUGAAACCUUUAAUGGGUGGAACUUACUUUCCCCCUGAUGAUAAAUAUGGCCGACCUGGAUUUAAGACUGUACUCAGAAAGGUAAAAGAGGCUUGGGAAAGUAAGAGGGAUAUGCUAGUUAAGAGUGGAACGUUUGCAAUUGAACAGCUUUCUGAGGCAUUGUCUACUAGUUCAGAUUCUGGUAAAUUGCCUGAUGGUGUUUCUGACGAGGCAUUACGUCUAUGCUCAGAGCAGCUCUCUGAGAACUAUGAUUCAGAGUUCGGUGGUUUUGGAUCUGCUCCAAAAUUUCCAAGACCGGUUGAGAUCAACUUGAUGUUUUACAACUCUAAAAAGUUGGAGGAUACCGGAAAGUUAGAUAGAGCUAAGGAAAGUCAGAAAAUGGUUUUCGUUACAUUACAGUGCAUGGCAAAAGGAGGUGUCCACGAUCAUGUUGGAGGGGGGUUUCACAGAUAUAGCGUGGAUGAAUGCUGGCAUGUUCCACAUUUUGAGAAGAUGCUUUAUGAUCAAGGGCAGCUUGCUAAUGUUUAUUUAGAUGCUUUUUCUAUCACAAAAGAUACCUUCUAUUCAUCUAUAUCACGGGAUAUCCUAGACUAUUUGAGGAGAGACAUGAUUGGUCCAGAAGGUGAAAUAUUUUCAGCAGAGGAUGCUGACAGUGCAGAGACCGAAGGGGCUACACAUAAAAAAGAAGGAUCCUUCUACAUAUGGACCAGCGAAGAGAUUGAAGACAUACUUGGAGAGCAUGCUGCUCUUUUUGUGGAGCACUAUUACAUAAAGAAGAUGGGUAACUGUGACUUAUCUGAAAUGAGUGAUCCUCACCAAGAAUUCAAGGGAAAGAAUGUCCUGAUUGAGAGGAAGGAUCCUUCAGAAAUUGCAUCAAAAUAUGGUAUGUCAGUUGAGACAUAUCAAGAAAUUCUCGGAGAAUGCAGGCGUAAGUUGUUUGAAGUAAGAUUGAAGCGCCCCAAGCCACAUUUGGAUGAUAAGGUUAUUGUAUCUUGGAAUGGACUGGCAAUCUCAUCUUUUGCUAGGGCUUCUAAGAUUCUAAAGGGUGAAGCUGAAGGGAUCAAAUUCAACUUUCCUGUUGUUGGCACUCAACCAAAGGAGUACUUGAGAAUAGCAGAUAAAGCAGCAUCCUUCAUUAGGAAUCACCUUUACAAUGAAGAGACUCGCAGACUACAACACAGUUUCAGAAACUCUCCAUCUAAAGCUCCUGGUUUCUUGGAUGAUUAUGCUUUUUUGAUUUCUGGAUUGCUGGAUCUCUACGAAUUCGGAGGUGGAAUCAACUGGCUUUUAUGGGCCAUUGAAUUGCAGGAAACCCAGGAUUCUUUGUUUCUUGAUAAGGACGGAGGCGGAUAUUUCAAUAAUACAGGAGAAGAUUCUUCAGUUCUUCUCCGUGUAAAGGAAGACCACGACGGGGCUGAACCGUCGGGGAACUCUAUCUCCACAAUAAAUCUUAUAAGGUUGGCUUCCAUGGUUUCUGGAAGUAAGGCAGAUUAUUAUAAGCGAAACGCAGAACAUCUUUUGGCAGUUUUUGAGAAGAGAUUGAGAGAUAUGGCCAUGGCAGUGCCUUUAAUGUGUUGUGCUACCGACAUGCUGCGUGUCCCUUCCCGGAAGCAAGUGGUGGUAGUUGGCGAAAGGACUUCCGAGGAAUUUGAAAACAUGCUUGCUGCAGCUCACACAUUAUAUGAUCCCAACAGAACAGUUAUUCAUAUAGAUCCCAACAAGAAAGAAGAUAUGGAAUUUUGGGAAGUAAAUAACAGCAAUAUUGCUCUAAUGGCUAAGAAUAACUCUGCAGUUGACAAGGUUGUAGCUCUUGUAUGUCAAAACUUCACAUGCAGUGCCCCUGUGACAGAUAGUUCAUCACUUGAAGCUUUGCUCUCCCAAAAAUUAUCUUAG